AUGGUUAUGGAAUAUCAUGGAGAAAUCGACAGUAAACGCAAAAUUCAUUCUCAGUACAACCACACCGAUUGCAUCACAGUCUCGAUUUCUACUCCGAUGUCGUCAAUGGCCACUUCUCUGGUCUGUGGUGGAGAUUGCAUCGUCGGUGAUGGUGCUCUUCCUCAUGGUCGUCGGGAAUCCCGGUGGGUUAAUAUUUACAGACGGCGCGAACCGCAUCAGCUUUUGAGCUGGUUCCAGCAUAUCGUCGAACAAGUCGUCUGCGCUGUUGCGGGUAGAGGGACUAGGACGUUUCCAUGUCUCAAGAACAAGAGUGCGUGGAAGUCUGUUCUCAGUUCUUAUUCGAUAGUAGCUAAAGUGAUUUUUCGUUUUGGGAUUGAUUACUUGAUUCUGUACUGUAGUUUCUAUGAAGGGGAACGCCUAGAUUCCAUGCUCGACUCAAUUAAGAGGGGAAUAGAAUCAGCAAAAUUCUUGGAUGGAGGCUCCUUACCUGAAAAAAUUUGGUUCAAGCAACAAUUCUCAAUUGGGGUUAAUGAUGUCACCCGCGUGCUUGAGCGGAUGGCUCCAACCUCUGAGACUGGGAAUUCUCAUGAACAUCAUAAUGUAAUUUGUGGCAACCGAAAAGUGCCAUUGGAUAAGCUUCAGGCGGUGCUUUUGGCUUCAGAUUGCAACCCAAGAUGGCUAAUGAAGCAUCUGCCAAGCCUGGCCUCAUCAAGGAAGGUACCCAUUAUUUAUGUCAAGGACAGUAAACGGGGAUCUUUGAGAUUAGGUGAACUCGUCAAACUGAAAACAGCAAUUGCAAUUGGAGUGAAGGCGAGAGGUAAUGCUAUUAAUCAAAACGUUGACGAAAUUCUUCAUGGCAACAAACUAAAUCUUGAACCAGCGUACCUGAAGGUGAAUGAGGUGCCUGCAGUACCGUCUAAAGACCAUCCGAACGGGCUGGGGCUUUUGCAUAUGCAUUCAGAGAAGAAGCAACGACAAAGUGAAUGAGUGAGCUACUAUGACCAAGUUUGGCUUAUGCUAGUUGAGCAUGGGGAAGAAAUUCCGCUCUUGAGCUGUUGCACAAGUAGUUUCUACCCUUUUGACAUUGCUGCCAUGUUCAUAAUAAUGAAAAGUGGUUCUGAUCACCCUAGCACUUAUGGCUUAGCCAAGACAAAUGGAUCAGAAACGUUUUUCUGGUCUCCUGUAUCCAUACUCUAUAAGCAGAUUAAUUCGGUAAUUGGACUAGUUUCGUUACUUGCUUUGCUAAUGUUGCAUUCUUUUCUUUCUUCAUGCCUCGUUCUUUGCAGGAAAUCAAUCAAUUAGUCAAAAAAGA